AUGAUUAUCCGAACAAUUCGGAAGAUUAUGUUCACAGAAUUGGCCCGGACAGGCCGUGCCGGUGCCAAGGGAACUGCCAUUACCUUGUUCACCACUGACAAUGCUAAGCAGGCUCGUGAUCUGGUUGCUAUUCUCAAUGAGUCAAAGCAACAGAUUGAUCCUCGCCUUGCCGAAAUGGUCCGCUACGGCGGUGGCGGAGGCGGUGGUAACCGAUGGGGUGGCCGUGGUCGCGGUCGCGGCGGAGGCUUCACCGCUUCCAAUGCUGCACCCCUGGGCAACAAUCGUCGCUGGUAG